GUUUUAGUAGAUCACCAUAUUUUCAAACGGUCACACUGGUUGUGUUGUGCACGACGCACGUUGUACUUUAAGAAGUUUUAUAAAGCUCUAAGACACUCGUAAGAAUAAAAGAAGGAAGAGUUUAAGAAGUAUUAAAUAAAACGUGGCAGUCCGCACUCCGCAGUAUGUUUAUAUGGCUUUAGCCUGCGCUCUUCCCUCAGGAAGAAUAAGUAAUAAAAUUAGCGGUUUUUUAAAUGAUUAAUGAACAACAAUAUUUUAAGUACCUUAUUAAUUUAUUAGUUCUUGUUUAAUAUUUUUAUAUUUGGAAUAGAAUGAAUAAAGCGCAGUGCCUUCGAAAUGUAUUACAAAGUAAAGAAUUUAAUACAUUACCAAUUUUUUUAAAAGGACUCGCCAGUUUUAUUAGUGGUGAUGAAGAUAAUAAGUUCAAAUCAAUUAGUUCGUACUUAGUGGAUUCACAAUUUUUAUCUGAACUUAAGGCACCUCUACCUGGUGUUGAUUUCGCUUUUGGCGACUCGCUAAGGGAUGUCAAAUGUACUUUAAGGGACGAAGAGUCAAGGCUUCAUGAAUUAUAUAUAACUUAUGAAGGUGUUAAAAAGUUAAAGAUCACUGCAGGUGAUAUCCCGUAUGCGCCAUUUCUCGAGCAAUGCUUUAGCAAUGUUGAAGAGCUUGUUGGUGCUUUCUUUAGACAUGUCAAAAGCUUACAAAGUUAUUUCUAUGAACUUGAAAAUAUAGAUAAUAAUUGUGUGGUAUUGGAUCCAAUCAAGCCAACUUUUAAGGAUAAUUUCAGAAAUAUUCGCAUUGAUGACAAAACAUGGCUGUAUGUAGAAGUUACUCUAGAUGGAUACCCUACAAAUAUGCAUUUAAUAGGGCAGUCCCAAGUAUGGCAAGGAAAAUUACAAGAUGGAAUUUUAAAUUGGGACCAUGAUAAAAAUAUAGUAGAAAACAUAACAUCCAUAUUUGAUUUAAAUGAUCAGUCAAUCGCAUUUAAAUCACUAAGUGAAACUAUGAAGCCAUAUGAUGCACAAGAGAAAGAUGAUAUAAUAUGUGGAAUAUGUUUCUGUUCUGAGCUGCCUGAUAACCUCACUGUACCACAGCCAUUAUGCCAGAAUUCAAAUUGUGAUGUUCACUUUCAUAAAAGCUGUUUGUUCCAGUGGUUGGUUGCAUGUGAAGGAGGAAGGCCUCCAUCUUUUGGAAUUAUAAACGGUAGCUGCCCUACAUGUCUUCAACCAAUCUCAUGUAGUAAUAAUAACUGAACCAUUGGACA